AUGAGCCAACCCAAGCCAGAUGAUGUUCAACGCUUCCGUAAUUAUUCUCCGCCGAAGAGACUUUACUACGGCAGCGAAGGAAAGUCGAUCAAAACUACCGAAGCGCUUGCUAUUCUUGCUCACAUCCCUCGUUAUGCUGUCGUCCUCCGAAAAGCUGCGGGACUUGAAGAUGGAAAAGGGAAAGGUUUGAAAAAGGAGGUGGAUUUGAAAACAAAAAUUCUGAAACAGGUUGAGAAAGGUUCUAUUUGA